AUCAUAUCCAUAGAACCACUUACGACGUUGAAGACUUGAAUAACUUCUUUGUUAAAUACUCAAGCAUCGGCGUAGACCGCAGUGUUCUCCAUCGUGCGGUUUUGUGGUCUCUGCGUCUUCUUCGGCACAUGGAUAUGGAUCCCGAGCUCCAACCUCCUCACUCCUCACUCCCUUUGUCCGAGAAAAAGGGUACAUGGAAAACAUUGGUACUUGCAUACAGGACCUUGGGGGUCGUAUUUGGCGGACUUGUGACAUCGCCGCUGUAUGUUUACCCUUCAAUGCCAUUGAAGUCUCCAACAGAAGAUGACUAUCUGGGUAUCUACAGCAUCAUGUUCUGGACUCUCACUCUAAUAGGGGUUGUAAAAUAUGCCAGCAUAGCUAUCAAAGCUGAUGAUCAUGGUGAAGGUGGAACUUUUGCCUUGUAUUCAUUACUUUGCAGGCAUUUGAAUAUUGGAAUCCUGCCUUCUAAGCGAUCACAUUUACUCUCAAGUGCCAGUUCAAACAUGCAAAGGGGCACUGAAACACAGAGUAGGCUUGGGAAAUUUUUUGAAAGAAGUCUAGUUGCUCGAAGGGUAUUACUCUUUGUUGCCAUGUUAGGCACAUGCAUGCUUAUAGGUGAUGGCAUACUUACACCUGCAAUUUCAGUUUUGUCAGCAAUUGAUGGACUAAGAGCCCCUUUUCCUUCCGUCAGCAAAUCACUCGUGGAAGCACUUUCAGCAGUUGUCUUGAUCUUGCUGUUCUUGUUGCAGAAAUAUGGUACAUCCCGUGUGAGUUUCCUGUUUUCCCCCAUAAUGGGUGCAUGGACCUUUUGCACCCCACUUGUGGGAAUUUACAGCAUCAUACGCCACUAUCCAAGUAUAUUCAAGGCUUUAUCACCGCACUACAUAUUCCAUUUCUUUUGGGAAAACGGAAAAACUGGAUGGCUUUUACUUGGUGGUACAGUCCUUUGCAUCACAGGUUCCGAGGCAAUGUUUGCUGAUCUUGGUCAUUUUAACCAGCGGUCCAUUCAGAUAGCAUUUUUAUUCACAAUCUACCCAUCUUUAGUUCUGACUUAUGCGGGACAGACAGCUUACCUCAUCAAGAAUCCCAAUGAUCAUGAUGAUGGGUUCUACAAGUUUAUACCAGCUCCAAUCUACUGGCCUAUCUUUGUUAUUGCAACAUCCGCUGCAGUUGUUGCCAGCCAAUCAUUGAUAUCAGCCACCUUUUCUGUAAUCAAGCAAUCUGUUGUGCUGGAUUAUUUUCCCCGGGUAAAGAUCCUACACACAUCGCCUAGUAAAGAGGGAGAGGUUUACUCACCUGAAGUGAACUACAUCCUCAUGGUCCUUUGUGUUGCUGUCAUACUUAUUUUUGGGGAUGGAAAAGAUAUUGGAAAUGCUUUCGGUGUUGUUGUUAGUCUAGUGAUGCUCAUCACCACUAUAUUACUUACACUAGUCAUGAUCAUGAUAUGGAGGACUCCCGCUAUUCUGGUAGCUCUAUACUUCUGUGUGUUUUUUGUGGUGGAAGGGGUUUAUGUCAGUGCGGUUUUCACUAAGCUCCUUGAAGGUGGAUGGAUUCCUUUCGCCAUUUCCUUUAUCCUUGCCAUCAUCAUGUUUGGUUGGUUUUAUGGUAGACAAAGAAAGGUCCAGUACGAGUUAACCCACAAGAUAACCUUGGACAGACUUGAAAUGCUUUUGGCAGAUCGCAGCAUUCAAACAGUGCCUGGCUUAUGCUUCUUUUAUACUAACAUUCAAGAUGGUCUGACUCCUAUACUAGGACACUACAUGAAGAAUAUGAAAUCCUUCCAUAAGGUCACAAUAUUCACAACUCUUAGGUACCUGUUGGUCCCCAAGGUUGAUCCACGUGACAGGAUUGUCGUAAACAAAUUGAGCCCCAAAGGGGUGUACGGUUGUGUGAUUCAGUAUGGCUAUGCAGAUUCUUUGAACCUAGAAGAUGAUUUUUUAUCUCAAGUGACUAGUAGUUUGAUGCAACAUAUAAAGAGAUGCAAUGGCCAUGUCCCAUUUGAUCCUCAUGAGAUAGAACAAGAGAUUUCCAGGUUAGAAGAAGCACGGUCUGCCGGCGUGGUUCAUGUUCGUGGAAAAACUCGGUUUCAUAUCGGCCCUAACUGUGGCUGGUUUGACAGAAUUAUGCUUGCAUUUUAUGAAUUCUUGCAUAACAAUUGCCGGUCUGGAUUGCCUGCUCUGAGGGUUCCAUUACAGCAAAGGAUUGAAGUUGGAAUGCUAUAUGAGGCUUGAAGGGAUAACUUUGGAAUAAAUAUGGAAUUUGGUGGUUGAAAGAUAUAAUUCCUGAAGGGUUUCUUAAACGUAAGAUAAGUCCCUCAAACUCUAUAACCUGUUACAAACGAGUACCCUUGAUAGAACAAAUUUUAUGCACAGGUGUACUUUUAGUUAGUUAAUUAUAUUUGAUGUUUUACUUUCAUCUCUUAAAUUUCAAUCAAGUUUUUUAACUU